AUACUUAAAUAUUAUACUAAUACUUAAAUAAAUAUAUAAUAUAUAAUACUUAAAUAAAUAUUUAGUUUAAUUACAUUAUAAUGUAUUUACUAAAUAUUAUAUAUUAUAAUAAAAUUCAAUUAUUUUAAUUACAUUAUAAAAUAUAUAAAAAUUUUUAUAAUUAUAUAAAAUUUUAAUAUUUUAAAAUUAUAUAAUUAUAAAAAAAUAAAUAAAGAAAUGUUUUUUUUUAUAUUUAAGAUUCAAAAAUAUAAUAAUAUAUUUGAUUAUUUAAAUUUUAUAUUAUAUAUAAUUAUAAAUUUUACUCUUAUAUACAAUUGUAUUUAGGAUAAUUAAUAUUUUUAUCUAUUUAUAUAUCUUUUUAUCUAUAAAUUUAAAUAUAAAUAUAAAAUGCUACUGGAAAGAAAAUUAAUAGAAACAAGACAACACAAAGGCAAGAAAAUUAAUUAUUUAAUUAAUUCAUUAUCAUGCAAGAUAAUAUAUUUGAUAUAUUAAAGCUUUUUAGUCAACGAGCAUUUUUAUUUUAUGAUUGUAUUAGAUCUAUUAGAAAUAACCAAUCAAAUUUAUAUUCCUUUAAAAAGUUUUUUUCAAUAUUGAAUUAUGAAUCGUAACAUGUACAAUGUACAAUGUUAUUUAGGAGAAAUUAAAAAGGGAAAUUAAAAAAUAUAUUGUAUGAAUAAUUAAAUUACUAAAUUAAAAUAAUAAUAAAUAAUAAUAAUAAUAAAUAAUAAUAAAUAAUAAAUUAAAUAAAUUAUUAAGAAAAAACUAAGAUUUAAAAUGAAUAAUAUUAAAGUAAUAAUGUUUAAAUUAUUAAGAACAUAUUUCACUAAAUCUAAAUGUGAAUCUGUUGAUAUACAUAGAAAAUUAAAAAUAUCGAAAAUGAAUGAAGAAUUGGAUAAUAAUUUUGAAGAAAUAGAUCAAGAAGAUGGUGAAAUAUAUGAUUCUGAUUUUAUGACAGUAGAUACAUCUUAUAAAAAUAAAAUUAGAGAAAGUAAGAGAAUCCGAGAACAACUAAAACGUCGUAUUGUUAAAAAUAAAGUUUUUAAAGAAAUAGAACCAAAUUUUCUUACGUACAUUGAAAAGGAUCAAAUAAAAAAACUAUAUGAGAGUAAUCCCAAAGAAUGGACACCUGAGAAACUUAGUGAAAGUUUUCCAGCUUUACCUGAAACCAUAAAAAGAAUCUUAAAAGUAAAAUGGAUACCAAAAUCAGUGGAAAGAAUUCUACAAUACGAUAAUAAGGUUAUAGAAAAUUGGAAACAAUUAAAAACUGGAAAAUUGGUAGUAAACGAUACCUUAAAACAACAUUUAAUGAAAUUUAAAGACAGAAAAAUUCAUUUAUGUGAUAAGGAAACUUUAAUGAAAAAUUUUAUACCUCCAAAAAUAGAACUUCCAAAACCUAAAAGUUCAUUUUUUUCUAAUAUCAUAAAAAAUUUUACUUAUGAAGAAUCAAUCAUAGAAAAUAAAUUAUUGAUUUCAUCACAGAAUAAUAUAAAUAAAGAUAAAAAGAAUUUUAAUAUAACAGAGAAGGAAGAUAUAAAAUUAUUCAAGGAAAAAAAUAAUUCUAUGAAUAUAUAUAAGACAAAAAAAUAUAAUACAAAAGAAAAAACAUUAUUAUUUGAAGAAUUCAUGAGAAACAAAUUAAAUAAUCCAAAUGAAAUACCUCAUGAAGAAAAAAUAGUACUUAUGAAUAUUUAUAAAAAAUAUGUAGAAUCUAAAAAUUCAGAAGACAUAAGUUUUAAUAUAAUGAACAAUAUUAAAGAAGACGCUAUUAUUGAAAAAAAAAGCAUUAGUACAAUAAAGACUCCAUCUGAUAAAAAUAGUAUUCUAAAUAUUAAGACAGAUAAAUUUAAAUUAGCAACUGAACUAAAUAAUAACAAAAGUUUAGACACAUAUAUAAAAGAACGAAAUUCAUUUAUGGAAACAAAUUUUGAAUAUUCAAAACGUAUAAAAAUUCCCGAAAAUGUUUAUAAACAAGGUAUGACAUAUAGAAUAAAGGAUUGUUAUUAUGAUGAUGAUGGAGAAUUUUUAUAUAGAAUACCAGGAUUAAAAGGAAACAGUUAAUCAAUGAAUUAUUAAAGAAUUUUGUAUAUUUAAUAUUUUAAAUAUAUUUGUAAAUAAUAAGAAUAAAAUAUUUAUAAAUAUAUUAUAAUAUUUUAAAUAUAUUUUGUAAUCAUAAUUGAAUUAAUGAAAAGAAAAAAACUUAAUAUGUUUAUUUUUCAUUUAUAUUAUUAUACGUUUUUAAUUAUUAAUAUUAAAAUAUUAAUAUAAAUCUUAAAAAAUCUUAAAAGAUCUAUUGAAUCUAAGUAACAAAUAAUAUUAUUUUAUUAUAAAUUAAUAUAUUAAAUUAUAAAUUAAUAUAUUUUUACUUGAAAUAGCAAAUAGAUAUUAUUGAAGUAUCUAUGUUAUUAUCAUUAUCAUUACUAUGAAAUAGAAAUAAAUAUAAUAUUUAAUAUAUCAAUACUUGAAAUAAAAAUAAAAAGUAGAAUAAAAAUAAAGUAAGAAUUAACUGUCAGCGCCAGAUCUUGAAUAAUAUAUUUUUUCAAUAAUAUUAGAGAGAUGGCGCCAAUCCUGAUUUCUUACUCUUAUUUACUUAUCUUUGAAGAAAUGUCUUGUAUUCGAAAGAUACCAUUAAUGGUUAAUUCUUAUUUUAUUUUUAUCCUUUUUGUAUUUUAUUUGCGGUUUUUUGAAAAUAAUGUUGAUUUUAAUAUUUUUAUUUUGUGCUAUUAUUUCUUUUUCUUGUUCUUUUCUAUAGUUGUUCGGUAUAUUUAUUUAUGCUUUCAAAUGAUAGUUUUAAUAUGUAUAAAUAUGAUCUAAUAUAGACAUUACAAUAUUUAUAAAAGAAUGUAUCAAAAAAAUUAUUGAUUUUAAUAAUAAAUAUAAUCAAUAAAA